CAAAAUAUACAUGGUGUGGUGCAAUAUCUAAUAUGGUUCAUGAUAUACACCAUAUUACAAAAGCAUCUCUUAAAAAUAAAACAGCUAAAGAACUUAAAAAGCCAUCACAACAAAUACUUGAUAUGGUUUUAUUAAAACCACACUCUAAGGAAAAACAGCAAAAACUUACUCAAGAGAUAAUCAAGCUUUUUCUUUCUU